AUGACUUCCCAUACUUUUAUAGAGAGACAAGAAACUAUGCUUGGUCCAUCGGCAUCUACACUAUCUCGGAGAGCGAGGUCGUCUCUGAAAUGCACGAGCAAUGCUCUCUGGGAUGUCCUGAAUGAUAUCUGGCACCCGCAGAGCAACCCCCAUGGCUACGUGACCCUGGGCGUUGCCGACAACACUCUGAUGCAGCAACAGCUGCUGUUCCGCGCGAACAGCAGUUUCGAAAUGUCUGGGCAGCAUCUUGCCCUGAACGACACCAUCACAGGUUCUCCCCGGCUGAAAGCAGCCAUCGCUGAUAUUCUGUCCCGGUAUCUCCACCCCUCGAAACUACUCAGACCGUCGCAUAUCCUUGCCACGAACGGGGUGGCAUCAGCCAUCGAGCACUGCUCCUGGGCCCUCUGCGACCCGGGCGACGGUAUCCUGGUGGGACGCCCCUAUUUCCGUGGGUUCAGCCGAGACAUCUGUCUUCGGCCAGCGGCAAGGCUUGUCCAAGUAAGCUUCGAAGGGGUGGACCCUCUCGGCAUAUCUGCGGUAUCGAUAUACGAAGAGGCCCUGAUAAACUCCAGCAAGCAGGGCUGUGCGAUCCGAGCCAUCAUGAUCUGCAACCCACACAACCCGCUAGGCCGAUGCUACUCUCAGUCAUUCCUUAUCGAGAUCAUGAAGCUCUGUCAACGAUUCGGCGUCCACCUGAUUAGCGACGAGAUAUACGCGUUGUCAGUUUGGCGGGAGGGCCAGGAUGGGGCGGUCUCAAUGAACAAAUUCACAUCCGUCCUCUCUAUAGACCAUGACGGCCUGAUCGAUCCGAGUCUGGUACAUGUCUUAUGGGGUGUCAGCAAGGACUUCGGAGCAAACGGCAUGCGAUUAGGAGCUGUUAUCUCGCAGGGAAACAGCGACAUGCUCGAGUCUAUCCGGGGUGUCGCCCAGUACAGCUCGGUUUCCGGCCUGGCGGACUGUUUUACAACGAACAUUCUGGAGGAUGAAAGGUUCGUAAAUCAGUUCAUUGCGGAAAACAACAAAGCGCUCGCUGCUACCUAUGAGUAUGUUGUUGCUUUUAUGGAUAGGCACGGGAUACCCUAUGCCAGGGGAUCGAACGCCGGCUUCUUUGUAUGGUGUGACCUGUUAACACCAUAUCUGAAACUGCAGCCUGCGAGUUCGUUCGACGGCAGCGAAAAGGCAAAGGCAAUAAAGAACAGGGAACUGCUAGACAAGUUGUCCCGGUUCAAGGUACAUCUUGGGGUUGGCGAUGACUUUGGCAGUGAACAGAAAGGAUGGUUCCGUAUUACCUUUUCUCAGUCGCAGGAGCAGCUCGAUGAGGGGUUGGCUCGCAUCAUAGACGCCUUGCGGUAUUGA